UUUCUUCGGGAGAAUUUGGGUGGGCGAAGGACAUUCCGACCUCUCCUCCUCCGCCCCCUCCUUGCUUCCAUCGCUCCUUUUCCUCUCUCCCAAGCAAUUAGAGAGGAACCGCAAGGGAGGAAAAAAAAAAGGCGAGCAAGAACCCUCCCCGCCCUUUCCCUCCCCAAGUCCCUUCUCUCGAUUCCUAAUCGCGGAUCGGGGCCCAAUCCUUCUCCGUCCGGGGUUAGGGCUCCCGAUCCCCCCUUCCAUGAGUGCCGACGGCGACUCCCUCGACGCGGACGGCUCCGCCUACGCCGCCGCCGCUGCCGGUGGUGGGGGCGGGACGACCGUCCACAUCCGCUGCUCCAACGGGUCCAAGUUCUCCGUCCAGGCCGGCCUAGAUUCCACUGUGGGCUCAUUCAAGGCCUUUCUUGCCGAGAAGUGCGACGUGCCGGCGGAGCAGCAGCGGCUGAUUUAUAAAGGCCGGAUCUUGAAGGACGACCAAACCCUAGCGAGCUACGGUGUCGACUCUGAUCACACUAUUCACUUGGUUCGUGGAUUUGCAUCAUCAACUGCAUCUGGGGAUCCGGCUUCAAGAACUCCAAACAGCAUGUCAGGUGUUGCAAGGGGUGUUGGAUCCAAUGAGGGUGGGGGUUUUGGAACUGGUUUUGAUGGUUCACUAUUUCCUGGUCUUGGUGUUAAUGGGCUGGGUGGUAGUUGGGGAUCCAAUUUGUUUGGAUUUGGAUCCCCAGAGUUUGAUCAGGUGCAACGACAGCUGACUCAGAAUCCUACCAUGAUGAGGGAAAUAAUGAACAUGCCUGCUAUUCAGAAUGUUAUCAAUAACCCUGAGCUAAUGCGAAACAUGAUAAUGAACAAUCCCCAAAUGCGUGAUAUCAUAGACAGGAAUCCUGAUAUUGCACAUGUAAUUAAUGACCCCAGCACUCUACGACAGACCUUGGAAGCUGUUAGAAAUCCUGAAAUCAUGAGAGAGAUGAUGCGGAACACUGACAGGGCUAUGAGCAACAUUGAAUCUUCUCCAGAAGGAUUUAACAUGCUUAGGCGGAUGUAUGAAACUGUUCAGGAGCCAUUUCUCAACGCCGCAACAAUGGCAGGGGGUGCAGGAACGGACUUGGGUUCCAACCCAUUUGCAGCCCUGCUUGGAAAUCAAGGUGCUACUCAGUCUAGGGAUUCAUCUCCAAACCCUUCGACUACUGGUUCAGAAACAACAACUGGGUCUGCUGCACCAAAUACUAACCCACUUCCAAAUCCUUGGAGCAAUGCUAGAGGUGCACAAACAACCAACUCAAGAUCAACUCCUACCAAUGGACUUGGUUUAUCGGAGUUGGAAACGAUUGCUGGUAGCACGGGAGAUCCAUCCCUCGUAAAUCAGAUUAUGCAAAACCCAGCCAUGACACACAUGAUGCAGAACCUCCUCUCCAACCCUCAGUUCAUGAAUCAGAUGUUAGCUCUCGGUCCCCAGCUCCGUAGCUUGGCUGAAUCGAAUACCCAAAUGAGAGAAAUGUUGCAAAAUCCAGAAUCUAUUCGCCAGCUUACUUAUCCUGAGACACUGCAGCAAUUUCUAUCAUUACAACAAUCACUUUUUUCCCAGCUUGGUCGGCAACAGUCAAGCCAGGAGCCUAAUCAGGGAGGUGGUGGUGCAGGCACGCCAAACAGCACUGGGCUGGAUUUUUUGAUGAACAUGUUUGGCGGACUUGGAGGGGCUGGCGGUCUUAGUCUUCCUAAUACCUCUGAUGUGCCUCCUGAGCAGCUUUAUGCAACCCAGUUGUCUCAGCUACAAGAAAUGGGCUUCUGUGACACCCAGGAGAACAUCCGUGCCCUGAGUGCCACUGCCGGGAAUGUGCAUGCUGCAGUUGAGCGUCUCUUAAGGAAUCUCGGUCAAUAGAUCACUGUCAUGUGAUGCUAUCCAUUUUAUAAUAGCUUAUAUCCAUACGCUGCUCAGUUUCAGCAUCGUAAUUUUGGCGAGAAAUAAGUAGAUAUAUGUGGUCAAGAGCUGUGUAACUUGUUAUGUUAGCUGUUGAACUAUUGAUGCAUUUGGAUGCAUCACUCUUUGUUGAUAUGAUAUAUAUAUAUAUAUAUAUAUAUA